AGUUCAAACUGAAUUGCAGUGUCUCCACUCCAUUGAUCAGAAUGAAGAUGAGGGUAUUGAUUUGCAUUGCACUCACAUUCUACUUUGUGGGCACUUCAGUCAGUGCUGCAAAUGUGACCAACAUAACUGGUGUUUUGGACAAAGGGGGACAGUUCACAACAUUCAUGAACCUGCUGUCAAGCACCCAGGUGGGAAGUCAGCUGCAGAAUCAACUUAACAAUUCACAGAGUGGACUGACAAUCUUUGCUCCCACAGACAAUGCCUUUCAGGAGCUCAAACCAGGGGCCUUGAAUUCCAUUACAGACCAGCAGAAAGUGGCUCUGCUGCUCUAUCAUGUCUUGCCUUCUUACUAUGCCUUGACACAAUUUCAGACCCUGAGCAAUCCUUUGAGAACUCAGGCCACUGGUAAUUCAGGGCUGCCUUAUAAUCUGAAUGUCACAACUGGUGGAGUAAACCAGGUGAAUGUUUCCACUGGUUUGGUUGAUACCCCAAUCUCCAAUUCACUCUAUUCUCAGAGUCCAUUGGCAAUUUAUCAGGUGGAGAAAGUCCUCCUCCCUACAGAUAUAUUUGCCCCUGCACCCACAACUUCUCCUACUCCUUCUCCAGCUGCUACCAAAGAAACUAAGACUGCCCCAACUAGUUCUGCCACUUCUCCUUCAAGUAGUACUAGAUCAAGCACAUCUGGUUCAAUGGUAGUUACUGGAUCAUGGGUUCAGGGCUUGUCUGUUGUUUUUGGCUGCUUUAUUGCUCUGUUUUUGUAGUAGCACUGAAUGGGAUUUGUGGGUUUGGGCUGCAAAUUGGUUGUUUUUUUUGCUUUAGUGGGUACAAUCUUGUUGGGACUGAAGAAUGUUUUGGAUUGGACAAGUGUGGGAAUGGGUGUUUGGAUCAAUAGGGACUAGGGUGGAUUGAAAAACAGAGCCCAAAUUUGAAAUUCUGGGCUAUUUGUUCCAUUUUUUCAUUUGUUUUGGUGCAGGUCGAUUUUGACCCAUGUCGUCUUGUUAUUUGAUUUGAAAGAUCUUGUAUUGAAAGUCCCUGUAAUUUAUGAAUAUCAUCUGUG